AUGGCAUCACCACCGCCGCCGGAGCUGAUUCCGGACGCCGUCGCCGAGAUCCUGCUCCGCCUAACGCCGGAAGACCCCGCGGGCCUCGUCCGCGCCUCCGCCGUCUGCAAGCCCUGGCUCCGGACCCUCACCGACCCCGCCUUCCUCCGCCGCUACCGCGCCUUCCACGGGACGUCCCGCGUGCUCGGCUUCCUCCACAACCCGAUCGACCGCAGACGCGAGCGUUUCGUCCCCACCACGGCGCUCCGCCCGCACGCCGCCGCCCACCGCACCUGCGUCGUGAUCGACUGCCGCCACGGCCGCGCCCUCCUCUACGACUACGGCUCCGGUGAGUUCGUCGUCUGGGACCCCGUCACCGGCCGCGAGCGCAGGAUUCCCGACGAGGCGCCCGACGUCUGCACCCACCACUCGGUGCUCUGCGCCGCGGGCCCCGGCUGCGACCACAGCACCUGCGGCGGGGGGCCGCUCCUACUUCCUACUGGCCAGUGUGGGCGUGCACUGCGGCGCUAUCUAUGA